AUGGACACCACGAAUCCGUCAGCUCAGACAGGCCCCCAACGCAACGGAUCCUCGGGCAGCCAAUCACAAACCCAGGAGGAGCCACAACCGCAGUCCAGAGAUGCCGUCGACCUCGAAGAUGACGAUUCCAUCUUCGAGGACCAAGAUGGUGCCCAGGCUGCACUUCAGCCGGCCAUGAGUUCGGCUGCGAGCCACCUCACCUCUUCCCUGACGCCUGCUGCGGAAAAGGCCGCCGUCCUGGAACGCGUGCCUGGAGGGGGUUUCUUCGAUGGCGCCACCGCGGAGACAGAGGCGGAAGAGGACGCCGAAAGUGACGCAGACCCUCUGUCGUCUGAUGUGAGCACGCCGCGCCGGCCAGAGCACCUCCAGGUCCCGUCGCCUUGGCUGUCCAGGCCCAGGGACCCUGUCAACGACAAAAACGCUCGCUAUCCCCAGACCAGAGACUUUCUAGGCUAUGCCUUUGAUCCGGCCAGGCGACGGCGCUCGAGGUCUGCCGGCCAGGAGGCACUCAAAAGAUUGCAAAAGGCUUUCCCGUCUAUAGCCAUGCCCACCCACCUGCUGCCGUCUCUCCCAACCUCGUUCUUCUCCAACUUCACGGGUGACCAUAAGCAGAGCCAGAACAGCAACUCUAACUUCAAGCCAGCUGCUAUUCGAGAAACGCCAUCCCCCACCCCCUUGCCGGAUGCUCAAGAGUCUGCAAGGCAAGCUCACGAGGAGCCCAUCGUGGGUCCGCGCUUGUCCGGAUCUCCAUCUCCUGCUCGGACCUCACGCCGCCCUGCUCCUCUCCGCCGGGUGACGUCCGACGACAGCAUGCUGUACCACAGUCUAUCGCGUGCCUCCUCUCUCGGUGACGACGAACGCUUCCAAGAUGUUCGGGAGAUGGUCAAUAUACGCUUCAUGGCCCUCAAGGACAGCCUUCCUGACGUACCAAACUUCAAGAUGCCCAGUCUUCCACGGUUUCAAACGCCGGCACGCAUGUCAUCCAUCUCGCUCAACAACUUCUUUUCAAGCUUCAGCGACGAUGGCGUGGCAUCACCCUCAAGAGCAAACGAUGGAGAGUUCCCUGGCAGUGCGGGCGCCCCUGCGCCCAAGGCAAAUGCUGCCACAGCAUUUGACCGCGUGCUAGAGGAACUGACGGGGGACAUUGUCCUCCUUGGCGGCUAUCGCGGGUCAGUACUACGGUCUGCCGAGCCGCCGCACCAUCAGCUCUGGGCGCCCGUCAAGCUGGGUUUCAAUAUGCGCAAGGCCAAUCUCGAGGUGGGCUUGGAGGACGAGGACGAGGAGACGAUGGAGGAGCGUAUAGUUCCCUCGGGCAUGCUCAAACACAUCGGCCCCAUUGACAUUUCCCGCAAGCUUUUCAAACGCCUGAGGGCUUGCCAGCAUGCUCGCAGCGGCAAGCUCCGUGUAUGGGAUUACGGUUACGACUGGCGACUGAGCCCGGCCCUUUCCUCACGCAAAUUGAUGGAGUUUCUUGCAACCCUUCCCUCGAAUCAGCCUGGCGUGGAUCCGGAAUCACGAGGGGCUACGGUCAUUGCGCACAGUCUCGGCGGAUUGAUCACGCGACACGCCGUGAACCAGCGGCCCGACCUGUUUGCCGGAGUGCUGUACGCUGGCGUGCCGCAGAGGUGCAUCAACAUUCUCGGGCCGUUCCGCAACGGCGAUGUCGUGCUUUUCAAUGAGAAGCUGCUCACCGCGCAGGUCAACUUUUCGAUUCGCACCUCAUUUGUCCUGCUCCCGGACGACGGCUUCUGCUUUGUCGACAAGGAGACUGGAGAGGAGUACCCGGUCGAUUUCUUGAACGCAGACGACUGGAUCAAGUGGCGAUUGAGCCCCUGCGUUGGGUCCGUUUUACCGCCGCACAUUCGAGACAGGCAGCAGUCGUCCUCGCCCUUGUCCUCCCUUUUCCCCAACUCUCUCUUGAAGGGGAACCGCUUGGAAAAGAAGACGACGGAAGCUCUCGACAAUGCUCGCGGGCAGGAGAGAAGAGUUGCCCAGUGGGGCAUCGCAACCGGGGCCGCCGCCCACAAAGACCGUACCAUCGCGCCCCAACUCGGCACCGAGACUCACGCCGGCUCCGCUUCGUCUCCCGCGCCUCCGGAACGUGAACAGUAUGUUAACUAUCUGCGCCGCACCCUCGCCGCCACCCGAAAGUUUCGCCAGGAACUGGCUCAUCUCCCCACCUAUGAGUCUUCAAACUCCUACCCCCCACACGCCGUGUUAUAUGGCAAGUCCAUACCCACGGUGUACGCGGCGCAGGUGCUGGGUCGGGACGGCAUAGCUUGUGCCGAUGCAUACGACGACCUGCUUUUCAGGCCCGGUGAUGGCGUGGUCCUCGCGCGGGAAGCGAUGCUACCGGAAGGAUAUGCCCUCGUACGCGCGGGUCGGGUGAGCACUGAACGCGGACACCUGACGAUGCUGGGCGACUUGCCGGCCGUGGGACAGGCAUUGGAGGCGUUGCUCAAGGGACGCAUGAAGGGCAUCGGGCUGGGCCGUGGGGAGAGCGGCAAGGCUGCUGCCUGCUAG